UUUCGAACUGUCAAACAUGCGUCAAAGACUGGGAGACGGGAGGGAUUUCGAGCAGAGCCACCCCCAGUGACGCAAAAAUCGACACUCUUGGCCGGGUCAGCAGCGCGCGCGGAGAACGCCCGCGUUUCUCGGGAGUACAUACACCCCAGUUUCUGCCGCGAAAGCUGCCUGCUCAGAACCUGCGCAAAACCGUGAGCGUUCUCUCUCGACAGCGGAUGUUCCUGCGCCGCCCGUCCGAGACACUGCUCUGCUUUUGCCGCCUCAAGAAUGCGCCGUCUCCCCCAUCACGUGUAGCGAUUUCUUGAACCUUCAGUUCUUACGCCUUUCUCAGUGGCCUGAGUCUCGUCUUUCUUCCUCGUUUCCGUACGAGCUCUCGCUGCGUUGCCGCAAAUGCCCUUCUCUCCCCUUCCAGCCGUCCGCUCCUCGCGGGCGUCGCUGGCCUCGGGCGCAAACGCGCUCUGUCGCGCUCUCUCACCUCAGGGCCGAGGAUAUGCUCCGUCGCCGCAGUUCCGCGUCAGACAGGGAGACGCCUGCUGUGUAUCUUUACUUCGCGAGAGGACUGGCAAGGACAAUGCCUCUUCUUCGCUGCGACACAGCGGCCGGCAGCCGCUUCCUCCGCAGCGGAGGCCGCUGGGGUUGAAGCGAGGAGUUCGCGGACAGGGAGAGACAGCCGAGCGCCGAGAGCACACGACUCGUGGAGACGCUCGUCGCCUGAGGAGACACUGGAGAGGAUCACGCAAAGCUGCAGGCGCGAGAGACGACAAAGGCGACGACGUCUCCCUCUGGGGUGCAGUGUCGUUUGCUUCUUCGCCGAGGACGAGGACUUCUCUUGGAAAUGACUGUGCCGGCCUACCGUUUCCUCCGUUCUCCACGCCGCCGCUGUCUUCUCUCCUUGCUUCCUCGGCUUCCUCGGCUUUUUGUCCGCUCUCCUCUUUGGAGUUUUGCAGCUCUUCUCCGGCGACUCGUUCGCGGCCUGGGGCUUCUCCUUUCGCGUCUCUCAUGAGAUUUCCGGCUUCGCCUUCUCUCUCUUCCUCUCUCUCUCGAGCGGCGAUUCCACGGGCCGUCGAGUCGCGGCAGGAAGCCGUUGACACCGCAGUCAAGUUGCGGAAUGUUUCAGAAGGAACGUUUUACAGACAAGCGAGACGCACCUUUGCCCAUGUGGCUUCUCUUCGACGUGAAGAGCCUCGAUCGUCGCCAGAGUUGGCCGACUCCAGCGCGGUCGAAUCGUCCGACUUGUCUUCUCUCUCACCAGCCUUCUCGUGUAAGACCGCUCUGUCGCAGCCUGCUUCUCGCCUCUUUCGAGAAGGCGCUGAUGACCCGUCUUCGGCUGUCUCUGCGUCUUCCCCAACUACAGCGGCUGCACCACCUGCAGCCUCGCGCUUCUCUGCGUCCGAUGCGUUUCGACAAGACACCCUUCUCGAGGACUGGUUGAGCGUCCGCGAGGAGAUCCGAGCUGCGGUGGAGCGACAGCGAGACAGCGGAGAGACUGCAUGCGCCGUCGCGCGACUCACGGCGGCGAUCCAGGCCGGACAGGAGGCCGGCGCGAGCAAGGCGAAGAGUGCAGAGCAGGCUCUUCUGACUGCGCUCAGGGAGAACGAGGAGUCCCCUGCCGCGGCCGGAGCCUCUGGAGACAGCCUCCUGCAGAGAGACCUCUGUCUCUUCAAGGCUGUCUCGACGAACCUCGCGCUCGAGCACCUCUCCGUUCGCCUCCUCACUCUUUUGCUCUCUCACCGGAGACAUGUCGCCCCUGCCGCUUCUCCACCUCGCUCGUUUGAAUCCUCUCCAGCUUCCACAACGAACCUGACGACGCUCUCCGGCGCCGGCUAUCCAGACGUUCCCCCAUCCCCGCAGCCUGUUUCAAAGCCGCAGCCUGUCUGCGCUUCAAAGGAGACAGUCUGUCCGACAGAGCCUGCGUCGGAGAAAUAUGUCUCGGCUGCUGCAGCGUCGCCGCGUCCGAGUCCGUGCGUCUCGGGGGCGGUGCCGCUUUUCCCGGUCUCCACGCGCGUCUGGGUGGACAAGGCCGAGGGCAAGGGCGGUGGCAGCGUCUCAGCUUGGGUGUACAGACAGCUCCUGGUGCUCGGGGCGCUGUCUCUGCUGCCUCGCGCGUCUGGGUUCGCCGUCCAGAUGCCGGUUCUUCGGUACCUGCUAGCGCGCGUUUUUCCGACGGUUGGCGAGACGCCUGAUGCGCAGAGCGAGAGCGCGCAUGCGAGGCGGGAGGAGGAAGCGGAGAGGACGAGCGACAUGGACUGGGGCCGCGAGUCUUGGCACCCAGCUGUGGUUUUCCGUGUUUCGCUUCAGUCUCUUUCGACUUGUCCUCUGCCCUCACUGCCGCUCGAAGUUCAGCGAAAGUGUUGGGUCGUUCUCUACUUUUCUCUCUGGCACUGGGACAUCCAGCAGCACGGGUCUUUCCUUUGCUCGUCUUCGCCUUCUGCUGCUCCUCCGGGAGAGCGCGCGGCGCCGACUUCGCUCUCUCUCUCGCCUUCGACCUUGGCUUCGCCCGCAGCUCCGCGCGGUCGCCUUGAUACCUCUUCGUCGCCUUCUUCUGGCCUCGUUUCGCCGGCUGUUUCCCUCUCGGCCUCGCUCUCCGCGUACUCGCCCUUCCCCGACCCACCGCUUGCUGCACUCGUUUCCUGGACUUGUCUGCAAAGUCUCGCGGCUUCUUCGACGCCUCCGCCGCGCAUACCCGGUGUCUCUUCUUCCUCUUCUUCGCCGUCCGCCGAUCCCGCAGCCUCUACCUCUUUGGGGUCUGCCCCUGAGACCUUCGACUCGGUGGCAGGUGCGGCAGGGCAGGCCGUCGCGCUCUGCUCAGCUCGCGAGGCAGUGCAGCUUCUCCAGGCGCUGAAUCACUUGAAACACCAGCUGGUCGAGUUGCCUUUCCUCGCAGAUGACUUCGCUGCGGAGACGGAGGCAAGUGACACUGAGGCGCGGAAUCCUGGCGCUCAGCCUCGCGCCUCAGAGAGCCUGAGCGCGGCGGCGCCUGCCUCGUCCGACGAUGCACUCGGUCCUGCGGCCGCCCUCUCUCCGCGUCGGCGGUCGGAGGCGUGGCUAGCUGGGCUCCAAGACCUCCUGCUGCGGGUCCUGACGGGAACGAUCUCGGCGGUCGGCCUCGCGGAGACGCGCGGCAUUCUCGGAUCCCUCGGGCGGCAAGAGGUACGCGACGCAGUCUUUGUGCACUCACUCGCUCACCGCGUCGCCGAGCUGAUGGGGGAAGUCCCGGAGAGAAGCGCGGCGCCGCAGAGCAGAGAGGGAAGAGACGCGCGCGCGGGCGCACAAAACGGUCAGGCGACCAGCGGCGAAGAGCCGCCAAAGGAGCGCGGAGUCUCGGAAGGAAGACCUGUGGAGCAAGGCGAGGAGACAAGUGCUCUGCGCCCCUCCUUCGCCUACAGCGGCAAACGCCUCAAGCUGUCGGAAAUGCACAACAUCGUCAUGCUCGCGAUGAAGGCGGAGGUGUACGACCAACACCUGAUCGACGCCCUCGCUCGGCUUAUAGUCGGAGAAGCGCCGCCCGCCGCGCGCCAGGCAGGCCUCGCCGCGGCGGGGACCGACAUGUCGGCGCGUGCGUGUUCAGAAGGAGACGGCGAGGCUCUGGAGCGCGCCCAGCUCGGCUGCGUGAUCGGCAUCGUGCAGACGCUCGGAAAGCUGCAGGCGAGGACCACUGACUCUGCGCUCUUCGAGCGAAUGAUGCUCGCACUCUGUGAGGAGCUUCAUCGACGACAUGCCUUCAUCCACGACUGCACUACCGGGCAGGUUCUCUUGGGUCUCACGCGUCUGCGCUUCGUCCACCCGCCGCUGAUUCGCGCGCUCGCGCUGAAGACAACGCGAGCGGCUUCCCGGCAGAACGCCCAGCAGACCUUGCAGCAGAAGGUGGAGACGCCGCGACUCGCGCCUGUCUCCGCGGACGCCGUCGGAAGGAACUCUCCAGCCUCGCCAGACUUGGAGUCUGAAGAACCUCCCGGACUAAGCUCUGCCGCCGGAGUCAACACAAAUCAUUACGUUCUCGCUGCGAACAUGAUCAGCCGCAACGGCUUCUACAGUUUUUCGCUGCUUCAGCAAGUCAUCAAACUUCAACUCACCUCGGGAGCCACGACGAGCGUCCUGGCGAUGACUCAAAUGCUCGCGACGCUCGCGCGGUUCGGAGAUUUCCAGCCCGCUGACUCGCACUUGCGUCUCCUCAUCCGGUGGUGUCUCCCGCGUUUCGUUGCGGAACUUCUGCGACGCCCCGCCAGCGCCAUUUCUCCUCUCAACGCUUCGCAGCUUCUUUGCUCCUUCGCAAAACUGCGCUACGUCGAUGUCCCCUUCGUCUCUCACCUUCUCUCCAUCUUCACGUCUCCACAGCCUUCUUCUCUGCGUUCUUCCUCUUCGUCGUCUCCGUCUGCUGCUUCGUCAUCCGCGUCGAGCAACGAAGUCGAGAGGAACCUUCUUGGAGUGGAGGUGGAAGUUCCUCGGUCGUCGCCAUUGGCGUUUCCUCGGCUGCCGCCAUGCCCCUUUGACAUUCGCGGGUGCCGGCGCGUGCUCAAGACGCUCGACGCAGCUGCCCUCGUUUCCAUCGUCGAGGCCGUGGACGCGAUGAACUUUUGGUCGGCCGCCUCACUCCACCUUCUCUACCAGAUCAAGUGCAUUCUGGAAGACAGCCUCCACGACUUGAAAGCCUCGCAGAUCAUCGCCAUUUGCCUGGCCUUCCGCGACUGGCACUAUCGAGAUUGGGAACUCCCCGACGCCAUGGUGGCUGGAGAGGCGCUGGAUGAGUCGACCGACGAAGAAGAGUUUCUUCUUACACCAGAGAGGGGAGACCUUUCCUCGGACUCCUCUUUGCUCGGGGCCUCCGCUGCGCUGCUGAUGCAAACAGCCUCGCCGCCCUUCCAGCCACAGCCUUUGAAUUCGUUCUCCUUUUCUGCUUCCCUUGCUUCCUCUUCCUCUUCUUCUUCCGCUUCGGCUGUCUCGCCGUUGGCGCGGGGUGGCGCUGUGGGGUCCGAAGUGAGAGACAUUGAAUGGCAGUGUCUCCAUCGAAGUGCAUGGAAAGAAGAAUUGGUGUUGAACUGCGUGGAGGCGCUGGAGCGUCACGAGUCCUUCGCCCUCUCGAACUGGCUUUGCAUGCAGAAGCUGAAGACACUGGUGGACGCUCUCCACCUCGACCUCUUCUUCCCCUACUUCUCGUGGUUUCUCGCUUCGUCGCCGUCUGCGCGCCUGUUGCCUCCCGCCGCCUCGCGCGCUGUGAGCGCUGUCGGAGGGGAAGCGAAAGCUUUGUCAAACUACGCCGAGGAAGCGCCUGGCGUCGGCGGAUCAGUUUGCAGGGCUUCCGAAGAACUCUCGCCGAAGGACGAAAACUCGCCGGGUACACAUGCGGUUGCAGGCAACAGCGUCGGAAAAACGGAGAAGGCGAACUGGUCGGGCACCGACGGUGCGCCCCUCCUCCAGUACGAAGUCCUCGACCUGACCCCUCCAGUGUACGUCCACCCGGCGCUCGAGACUCCGCAGAGCUCGCGCGGCGAGAGGCCUGGCGGUGCGGCCCAGACGGUCGCAGGCACUCAGGGAGAGACGCGGGCGGUCUCCCUCCUCGAGCGUUUCCAGGUAUUGCCUCCGUGGCUGUGGAGGCAGCUGGUGAAAGCCUCGUUCGUCUCCCGUGGUGAGGUUGAGGCGAAUCGACACCUGCAUGACAGAGAAGGCGACGACGCCUCUGAAGAGAGCGACAGCCGCGAAGCCUGCGCGCGCCCCUGCCGGCGCGACUCGCCCGCCGCCGAUCAGGUCACCCCCGCGCCUGAAGGAAACGAAACCCACUCUCCCUCUCCUUCUUCGUCUUCUUCUUCUUCUUCGUCUUCUUCUCCUUCUUCGUCUUCUUCUUCUCCUUCUUCUUCAUGCGUGGUCCGCCCCGUUGCUCUCCGCCUUGUCCGGGGAAAGCCGUCCUCCGAAGGCGCGUCAGCGAAGUCGUCUGUCAGUCACCUCUCUCUGCAAACGGAAGAGCCGCCUUCCCCCUGUUCCCUCCUCCCAUCUUCUUCUUCUUCGUGUUCUCCCUCGUCCUCUUCCUCUUUUUCUUCGUUCUCUUCUCCUCGCGCGCACUCUGCCUGUUUCUCGGAGCGGGCGGAGACGCCUCUGGAGGCGAGUCACCCGCCAGUGCUCCAUCCGUUCGGCCACCGAGGCGCAGGCGCCGUCAUCGAAGACGUCGGGCCGUUCCGCGUCUUCGUCGGCCCAUUCGUCCGCGGCAUGCGCGUCGACGUGGUUGUCGAGUCCCUCCCCCGAGGUCCAGAGACAGUCCCGAAGAAAAAGGAAAAAAAAACCAAGAAGAGGCGGAAGCAGAAGCCGAGACUCGCCCCGGAGCCCGACGAGACGACCUGAAAAAAAAACGCAAACUGCGAGGGAACGCGCGGCAUGCGGCAGUCACACUCGGGAAGCAAACGACGAAACGCGCAUCGAGGGAACAAAUGGUGAACUCCUCCGAAUCGUCUCUGCCACUUCCGCCUCCAUUUUGGCAUGUGUAUAUAUCCAUUUAUCUAUUCAUAUAUACAUGCAUAUGUCAAUAUAUAUAUAUAUAUAUAUCAAUAUAUACAUCAGUAUAUAUAUAUAUAUAUAUAUAUAUAUAUAUUUACAAAGGAUCUGUAUAAGAAUGGAUUGCUCCCCACCCCCCCACACCCAUUGCUUUUGAGAUAAGCGUCCUUGUAGAGGAGCUCUUGUCUCGAUAUUUUCUCAUUGACGUCAGCAGGGUUGCCUGCGUGUACGCGCAUGCCCAUCAUACACAGAGAUGCCGAAGCUGUGCGCGCGGUGUAUGUACGCGAUAGUCGGCCUGGAUGCGCGGACUGUGUUUUUCUGGACUCUGAAAAACUAGACGCCGACGAGGGCUCUUCGCCUGUCGUCGCGGGUGGCAAAUUCGUC